AUGUAUGAAGUCGUUGUUAAUGCUCUGAAGAGUGCACAAAUUUCUGUUAUGAAGGCAUUUGUAAGUGAUCUUGUAACAACUCUGUACAUUCCUGGUUCGGAUGAUCCGAAUGAAGCCAAACUUAUUGAAGAUACUAUUUUUAAAAUGUCUCUGACAGCUUUCAAAACUGCUCGACACAGACCAGAGUUUCAUUCUGGGGGAGAAAUUGCAAUAAUAUUCCUGACAUACAAAGAACUUGAGAGGAAAUUACAGAUAUUUUCAACAGUUGUUCAUGCUUGUCCAAAAAUAUUGGAAAAUGCAAAGACCUGGGAAAAGAAUCAAUCUGAAGCAUUCAUUCUUCAUCUUGAAGCAGCAAAAGACACAUUAAAAAUAUUGAAAAAUAUGGCAGAAAAGAUUGACAAACCAAAAGAGUGUGUCGAAUGGUUGAAGUUGAUGAGAUGUUUCAAAAAUAUAUAUGGAUCUAUAGUUCAUGAUAUAAAAGAUGACAGCAAGUCAUGGAUAUCAUUGUCCCUACUCGAUUCACUUCUUCAAUGUGUUCUUCCUAUUUCGCAUGAAAAUGUAUUUUUUGAGAAAAUUUUAAAAGUGAUUGCACCGCAAGCAAAACUAUUCUGGCGAGGUUCAGUAAUGUCUGAUCCAAAAUCAUAUCAGUUUUUACGCAUUGUUGGCAAUGUUUUGAAAAGAUGUUACCAGGACAUUCAACUGAAACUUUUGAUUGGCUGGGGCGACUUCAAGUGUCAUCUUUGCAGAUCUAGGAUCAAGAGCCCUACUAACUUGCCAUGUGGCCAUUAUGCAUGUGAAGGAUGUAUUGCCACCAUUCUGAAUUUGCAAGAUGAAAGGCAAAAAUGUCCAAUUUGCAUUCAGGAUAUUCCUGAAGAUUUUGUCCCUACUGCUACACCCCUGAAUAAACAUCAAUCUGUUAUUUUGCAGGAACUUAAACUGAAUUGUACAAAUUUUUUCUUGAAAUACUUGAAAGAGUUUUGCUUCAAGAAACAGAGGGACUUUUCAGAUGAAAUGAGUCGGAUGAAACAGCAUAUUGAAUUGAUUUUAGAAAAGUUCGUUCUCCAUAGUAGAAAAGAAGAAAAUGAAGAAAUCGAUUCCACUGCAUUGGAUAUCAAUAUUAAUACCAGAAGUUCAAUUUUGCAAAUUUUACUCAGUUUUAAUCCUACUUUAGUUACUGAUAAAAUAAAUCAGGAUAUGGCAAAACUGAAUACAGCAGAUUUUCAGUCAUUCGUUAUAGUUGGGCUUAAACAUUUUGAAGAGAAUGCAAUAAGAAAUUAUACGAGAAAGUAUGACAAGACUGUCAAAUACUGGGAGGAAAUAUUAGCUAAAGCAAAGCAAUAUUUUCAAACAGAUAACUUCGCAGAUAUUCAAACUUUGGCCUUGAUAAAAAGAAUUGCUGAUAUAAGAUCUGCUGUCUUUUAUUUUGUUCUCUAUGUCAAUGAUAUUUUGCGAGAGACUGGGAGCACAAUGGAUUCCAAUGAUGCAUUGAUUGAAACUGGUCUGAGUCUUAUGACAAGUUCCUAUACUCCACAGUCAGUAAAAGAUUUUUUCAUAAAAAUGGGAUGCCACAAGUUCGGAACGCAGUGGCUUGCUAAAUUAGAAAAUCAUGCAAAAUUGAAGGUUCUAAUUCCGCCUUCACUCCAACAAGUUGCUGAAACUUCGGUUGUUGAUUACUGGUAUUUGUUAGGAGAUGAUUUCAAGGAUAUCAAGUCUCAAUUAUUCCAGACACCUAUUGAAGAUUUUGAACGCUUUGUUGAAGACUUGUUGAGUGACCAUACCAACAGUCUGCAAAAGCUUUUUGCUUUGUUUUCAUGGCUUAAGGAGAAAGAGAAUGCAACAAUUGGGAAAAUAGUAAAUAUUAUCAAGGAUAAAACUCAGAAUACUCCUUUGGUGCCUAUCAAUGAAGUUAUUUUACAGUACUCGGUGAAUCAUUUUUCAACUUUUCAAGAGGCACAUACCUUAUAUCAAAUCAUCAUGAUAUCUGUGGUAGCAGCAACUAGUCAAAAUGGAAUUAUGAAAGGAUUCAGUUCGAUUAUAAAAAAUCUGAAUGCUAUAGAAAAUGUUUAUCUUCCAAGUAUGCCAGAACAUUUUCUAUUUGCACUCCCUGGUGAUUAUAGAUUAGAUGCUAAUAGACGAAAUACAAUGUAUGUUUGUGCCUGUGGAUAUCUUUAUAGCAUUGGUGACUGCACACAACCCAAUCAACGCAGAGAAUGUCCUGAGUGUAAAAGGAGUAUUGGAGGUGUGAAUAGCAUACUGGAGCCUGGGAAUCAAAAAAUGAAUUUAACUGAAGAAAGUCAAGCUGGUUACAAGAUUGAUUCUGGUACACAUGCAAUGUCACUUGCAGCGGACAGGUUAUCACAUCAAGGUGCAGCAGUUGUUCAAUUCAUUCUCCACUCAUGCAUGUUGGCUGGAUUAACUGAAAAUUGUCAACCCAUUUUCAGAAUGAUCAGUGUCAAGAAUAAGACAGAAGCUAAAAAAUUCAUCAUUGAAAAGCUUCAUAAAAACUUACAAGAUUUAUCCAAAGCUUUGUCAAGAAAUGUUGAUGAUUGUGUGCUAAUUCUAAUGAGGAUUUUACUAAGAAUCAUCAAUAAGGGUGCAGUUGCGUACCCUCAAAACUGGUCAACAAUUGAAAGUCGUCGUGAAUGGGAAAAAGUAUUUCAAAAUGAAUAUCUGUUGCCUGUGUUUCAAGAUAUUGAUACACAAAUACAAGAUGCAAAACAAUUAAUGAAACAAGCUGAAGAUGAUGAAAGAGAACCACUGAACAGACUCUUGAAUGAUGUUAACUCUGAUGAUGAAAUUGAAAAACGCUUUGAUUGGAAACAUUGUUUCUUCUGGAAUUAUUUUAGUCAACCAACCCCUGAACACCUAUUACAAGUUUUGUCUGACAAGACUGAAAAGGGUCAUGGUGAAGUUUUGAAAUUGAUUCUUCAAACACCAGAUAUUUAUCUACUUAUGCAUUUGGAAGAUAUUCUGAAAUUACAACAUGUUAUGAUUGAGAGGUAUAAAUACAAUAUCGAUAUGCAAGAAGCAGACCAAAGAACCUUUGAAGAUCAUGUACAUCAAGAUGGAUUUGAUGAUGAAGCCUCAAUUGAAAAAUAUAUUAUUGCAUGGAAUUCUAUCUGCCCUCAAUUACAGGAUUUUGCUCCAAGCUUGUUGAAAAACUACUUUGUACCAAUUACAAAACAGAGCUCUUUAUCUGUCGCUCUUCCUAAAAUGAAUAUGCUGAUGUUCUGCAACUUGUUUCAAAAUGAUUUUAUUUGCACCAAGAAACAAGAUCUCUUACUUUUAAUUAAUGAGCAUACCAAAUAUGAUAUUUUGACGAAUGAACAAGAAAAACAACAUUUGAUGUCUUACAAUAUUGAUGCUUUAGAAAAACAGGUUCAAGAAGAAUUUGUUCGCAGCAAGAAGCUAAUUGAUAAGAAGACAUUACCUUGUAUGAGUUAUCCUCAGGAUGUUGGAAUUGGUGUUGAUUGGGGUAGAGUUGUAGCAACUACAAAUCAGAUACCAUUGACAGCUAAGCUAUCUCAAGAUAUUGACAGAUUAGUUUCAAAAUGUCAUUCUUCUGAGAUAUGUGAAGUGGUUAGAACUUUAACAAACGCUAUCACCUUUUUGUCUAAGGCUUUUUCUUCAGCCUGCAACUUGGUGAAUCAUGAAUUAUCCAAUUUUAGCGUUGAUGGUAAUGCAAUAUACAUUUUGCAUAUUAUGUCAUGUGGUGAUGUAGUGACAACAAUAGUAUUGCAAAUUGAAGAUAUUGGACCUGGAUAA